GCUUGAGGACUACUGGUCCCAGGGAACAGCGGGCGGGCGCUGUCAGGUGGCGUCCGAUAUGGCUUCCCUGUGCCUGCCGGGAAGGAAGUCUGCCGCCGAGCGGGGCUGCUGAGCGCUGACGGGGGUGGCGGCGGUAGCACGACCAUGCAGAAGAUCAAGUCGUUGAUGACCCGCCAGGGUCUAAGAAGUCCUCAGGAGAGUGUUCAUGACCUCAGUCCUAUUGAAAGCUUUCGGAUUCCUAGUAAGGAGGAGCUCAGAGAACUACGUGAAGAGCCAAUUGACCCUCAAGCUCAGCAAGAAAUAAUUAACAGCAUUGAAGAAGUUUAUUUUUCCAGUGAUUCCUUUGAUAUUGUGAAGUAUGAGUUAGAGAGGCUUCCUCCAGUACUUAGUCUUCAAGAAUUGGAAGAGUAUAGAGACAAACUGAAACAACAACAAGCUGCUGUAUCUAAGAAAGUUGCAGACUUGAUUCUUGAAAAACAGCCUGCGUAUGUUCAGGAACUUGAACGUGUCACAUCAUUGCAGGCUGGCCUUCAAUUAGCAGCUGUUAUUUGCACAAAUGGAAGAAGACACCUGAAUAUAGCAAAGGAAGGCUUCACACAAACUAGUUUGGGGCUUCUUGCAAAUCAAAGAAAGAGACAGUUGCUUAUUGGACUGCUAAAGUCUCUGAGAACAAUAAAAACACUGCAAAGAACUGAUGUACGCUUGAGUGAGAUGUUGGAGGAAGAGGACUAUCCAGGAGCUAUUCAGCUGUGCUUGGAAUGCCAGAAAGCUGCCAGCACUUUCAAACACUACAGCUGUAUAAGUGAGCUGAAUUCAAAACUGCAAGACACCUUGGAACAAAUAGAGGAACAGUUGGAUGUAGCACUCUCCAAAAUAUGCAAGAACUUUGAUAUCAGUCACUAUACAAAAGUUCAGCAAGCUUACAGGCUACUUGGAAAAACACAGACAGCAAUGGACCAAUUACACAUGCACUUCACUCAAGCCAUUCACAACACUGUGUUUCAAGUAGUCCUUGGAUAUGUGGAACUGUGCGCAGGAAACACAGACACAAAGUUCCAGAAGUUACAGUAUAAAGACCUUUGUACACAUAUUACGUCAGAUAGCUACAUUCCGUGCCUUGCUGAUCUCUGUAAAGCCCUCUGGGAAGUCAUGCUCAGUUACUACCGAACGAUGCAGUGGCAUGAGAGUCAUGACCAAGAUGAGGUAGCAGCUGUAUCAUCUGUUUCAGAUGGUGACAAUGUGGUUGGAACGGAAGAGAACAGUUUUGACCGCAGCUAUGUAAAAAAGAAAUUGGAACAUGGCCUUUCACGAAUAUGGCAGGAUGUUCAACUGAAAGUGAAAACUUAUCUUCUAGGAACGGAUCUGUCUAACUUCAAAUAUGACGACUUCAUAUUUGUGCUUGAUGUUAUCAGCAGGCUGAUGCAAGUUGGAGAAGAAUUUUGUGGCAGUAAGUCUGAAGUUUUGCAAGAAUCUAUCAGAAAGCAGAGUGUUAACUAUUUCAAAACAUAUCACAGAACUCGUCUUGAAGAAUUAAGAAUGUUUUUGGAGAAUGAGACCUGGGAACUUUGUCCUGUUAAAUCAAGCUUUAGUAUUCUGCAGCUUCAUGAAUUUAAGUUCAUGGAGCAGUCACGUUCCCCCUCUGUGUCACCUAGCAAGCAGCCUGCUUCAGCAAUUUCAACAGCAGUAACAUUAUUUGAGCAGUACUGUAAUGGAGGAAACCCAUUUGAAAUCCAGGCUGACAGCAAGGAUGAUGAGACAGAAGAUGUCUUAGCUUCCAAUGGGUAUGAAUCAGAUGAACAAGAAAAAAGUGCGUAUCAAGAGUAUGAUAGUGACAGUGAUGUUCCUGAAGAGUUGAAAAGAGAUUAUGUGGAUGAGCAGACGGGAGAUGCCCCUGUGAAAAGUGUUUCUCGAGAAACUCUGAGGAGCAGAAAGAGGUCAGAUUAUAAUCUCAAUAAAGUGAAUGCACCUAUCCUGACAAACACUACACUGAAUGUAAUAAGGCUUGUGGGAAAAUACAUGCAGAUGAUGAAUAUUCUGAAACCAAUUGCAUUUGAUGUGAUCCACUUCAUGUCCCAGCUCUUCGAUUACUAUUUGUAUGCAGUCUAUACGUUUUUUGGCCGAAAUGACACGCCCAUACCAAGUUCCUCACUCUCUGCUUCUAACAGAGAACAGCACAGUGCUAGGCAGUUUGAAUCAACAGGACUGGGUCUCAGCAGCAACAGAUUACGUACCACGCUGAACAGGAUCCAGGAGAGUCUGAUUGAUCUGGAGGUCUCUGCUGAUCCCACAGGAACUCUCACAGCUGCUGAAGAGAGAAAGGAGAAGGUGCCAAGCCCACAUCUCAGUCAUCUUGUAAUUUUGACAUCUCGCAAUUCGCUGUAUGGUUUGGCAGAGAGAGUGGUGGCCACGGAGUCUUUGGUAUUUCUGGCUGAGCAGUUUGAGUGUCUUCAGCCUCAUCUUGAUGCAGUGAUGCCAGCUGCCAAGAAGCCUUUUCUUCAACAGUUCUAUUCUCAGACAGUGUCAACUGCCAGUGAGCUACGUAAACCUGUUUAUUGGAUUGUUGCUGCUAAAGCAAUUGAUUAUGAACAAAUGCUGCUUCUCAUGGCUAAUGUGAAAUGGGAUGUGAAGGAAAUCAUGUCACAACACAAUAUAUAUGUAGAUGCUCUUUUAAAGGAGUUUGAAGAAUUUAACAGAAGGUUGAACGAGGUGUCUAAGAGAGUCCGUAUUCCUCUGCCAGUCUCCAACAUCCUUUGGGAGCACUGCAUACGCUUGGCCAAUAGAACUCUUGUGGAAGGUUAUGCCAAUGUAAAGAAGUGCAGCAAUGAAGGACGUGCCUUGAUGCAACUGGACUUUCAACAAUUCUUAAUGAAACUAGAGAAGUUAACAGACAUUAGACCUAUUCCAGAUAAAGAGUUUGUGGAGACCUACAUUAAAGCGUACUACCUAACAGAAAAUGACAUGGAAUGCUGGAUAAAAGAACAUAAAGAAUAUUCCACUAAGCAGUUGACCAAUCUGGUGAAUGUCUGUCUGGGCUCCCACAUCAACAAAAAGGCAAGACAGAAGCUGUUAGCCACUAUUGAUGACAUAGACAGGCCUAAAAGAUAACUGGAGAAAGCUACCUUUCCCUGUGGCUUGUACCUUUUUCUGUUCAUGUGAAGCAUGCAGACAAAUCUCUCAUGGACUAAUGACAACAUUCUCUUAAAAAGCAUUAUGCAUGACCUUUUUUACCAGCAUUGGAGGCACGCUGAAGUGGCAUAAUGUUCUAAAAUAUGACUUUUCUAAUCUGUAGAACUAUUUUCUGUUGUAUUUCUUCCUUUUUUUCUUUUCUUUUGUCACAUGCCCUUAAUAAAGGGCCACUUGUUUGUGUAUCAUUGGUGAGCUGUAUAUUUUGCAGAGAUGUAUACUGUAAAGUCAGAGAGAAAUACAUUGGCUUAAUAUAUAGAUGUUGCUCUUUUUUAAUAAAAGGGCUACUUGAAAAACUUACUUCUUUUCUCCCUGCUUUCACCCUCAGAAUUUGUGCUUAAUAGUGGACCGGUGUAACAUGUAAGGAACUGUACAAUAUUUGAUCAGUGUAUCUUGCAUGUAGAUUAAGAGUGCAGAUCAACUAAAUACUCUUCUGUUAAAGCCUCUUUUCUUCAUAUGUAUUUAAAAAUAUCUGUUUAUUUCAGAAUUAGUCAUAUCAAAAUGAUUGACUUCAGAUUAAUAGAAGGUAAUAAAUACUGUACACUAAUAUGA